ACGCAUGCGCGGCGCGGGGUAAAAACGUCACUGUGCGCCGAGCAUGCGCGGCGGCCUCUCCGGGAAGAGGCGGUACCGCGCCUGCGCGCUGCGGCGCCCCCUGGCGGCUGCGGCCGGGCCCGCGGGGCUCUUAAAGGCGCCGCGCCCCGGUACCGAGCCCGCCGCCGGUACCGUGAUGGAGGCGGCGCCCGCCACAGCGGCGGCCCCGGGCUGGCGCUGCCGGCCGGGGGGACGGCUGGAUAUGAGCCACGGCUUCGUGCGGCACAUCCGCCGCAACCAGCUCGCCAGGGACGCGUACGACCGUGCGGUGCGGCAGGCGCGGGGCCGAGCGCGGACGAGGCUGACACCGGGCCCGGCGCGGCCCCGGCGGCCCGACCAGCAGGUGUACCGGCCGCACCGGGGCGGUGAGCGGGGAACGGGGAUACCGGGCGGAACGGGGGGCGAUGGGUGUCCGACCAGCAGGUGUACCGGCCGCACCGGGGCGGCGGGCCCGGGGGCGAUGCCAGCGCGGGUUCCCCCGCCGAGGGCAGCGGGGCCGCCCCGGAACCGGCGCGGGGGCCGCGGCUCUUCUGCCUCGAGUACGAGGGGGACGACGGGCGGGUGACGGCCGUGAUCGUGCACCAGGGGGACAGCGCGGAGGAGGUGACGCGGCGCGUGUGUGCCCACAGCCCCCUGGAGCCCCCCCUGCGCAGGGCCCUGUGCCAGCGCGUGCAGGACGAGCUCAGCAAGCGCCGGGGCACGGGGUGACGCUGCUGGCACAGCCCCGGGCGCUGCCACCCUCCCCGGGCACUGCCACCCUGCCCCCGGGACCGCUGCUGUCCCCCCGGUGUCUAUUAAUAAAGGUGCUGCGAGGCUCCGUGUCCUUCA